GUGUCAACAAUGUCAGUUUUUUCUCAUUUGUGCCCCGGAGUGGAUGUGUUUUUCUCGCAAAGACUUUUCACAAAAUAACCCACAAAAAUGGACAUUUUGCACCAACGGCCAUUGCACUGCCCAUAGCCUGCCAUAAGGAUGCAAGAGAAUCUCCGGAGGUGGUGGAUGCUUAAGUUUAGUGUGUGAGACAGAAGAAAAAAAAACAACAAGUGCCAGAGAACUACAGCAAGCGAGCGCCCUAAAGGAAAGUAAAUGAUGAUGGUUCGUUGUGAUGUGAUUAGUGAAAGAGAAAUCUCAAAGAAAAUGGUGAUGGCCCACUGAAAUUGUGUGUGCAACGCCAAAAAGUGAAGAAGAGAGAACCCAUAAGUUUCUUUUUCAUGAAAUUUUCGUGGUCAGUGUAUUGUUUAGUUAGGAAUUUUAAUUUUCACACCAUUCACCGAGACGAAGCGUCCAAGGAUUAGCAGCAGCAUUUUUUUUUUCACUUCAUGAUGACACUGAAAUGUGGAUUAAUAUUUCUCCUGUUGAUUGUUCCAUUCAUAGCAAAUGGCCACGGAAGAGAGAUUGGAGGAAGACGCCUUAAUGAAUACAUAUCGCAUUAUGAGACACUGAGUUAUGAUACAAAGCAUGUCCAUGCGAGUCACAAUCGUGCAAAACGAUCUGUCACCAAAGAUCCCUACGUGUAUCUGAGAUUUGACGCCCACGGGGAAAAUUUUCACAUGAGACUCAAGAGAGAUGUGACCACAUUCAGUGAUAAUUUAGUGAUUGACGGUUCAGAUGGUCCAGUUGCAGUAGAUACAUCGCACAUCUAUCAGGGUGAAUUGCUAAAUGUACCAAAAAGUCAUGUAUUCGGCUCGGUAAUUGAUGGUGUUUUCGAGGGUCGAAUAGUAACUGGGCGUGAAUCGUAUUUUGUGGAGAAUGCAAAGCACUAUUUUCCAAAUAAAACUCAUACAGACGAGUCUGGAUUUCAUUCUGUGAUUUACAAAGAGAGCCAUGUUUCGGAUCCAUACGAGGAUGUUAGACAAGGUCAUGGUGGUGGCUGUGGCAUAACUGAUGAGAUAUCAAGUUGGAUGGAUAGUAUACAAAAUUCCGCUGUUGAGGAGCCCGAAGAGAAGCCCGCUGCUGUGAAGGAGAACCCCGGUGUGCCCAUAAAGGCCAAGGAUGAGGAUUUCCAAUGGCCGCCGCAUCAAAAGUACUCCAAGGAAGCGAAUUGGCGACCAAAUGGGGAUGCCAGGAGUGAGGAAAAUCACCAUGAGGAGGCGCAUGAACGUGUGAGGCGUGCAACGAGGCCAAAGGAGGAGAAUCGCAAUACCUGCUCGUUGUACAUUCAAACAGAUCCUCUCAUUUGGCGCCAUAUCCGUGAGGGAAUUGCAGAUCGUGCCCUGAAUCCCAAAAUAAAGCACGAUCGUGGGAGAAAGCACGAAAUUGACGAGAAGACAAGAGAAGAGAUCCUCUCGCUGAUUGCUCAUCAUGUUACUGCCGUAAAUUACAUUUACAGGAAUACAAAAUUCGAUGGGAGAGUUGAGCAUCGAAAUAUUCGCUUUGAAGUUCAAAGGAUAAAAAUCGACGAUGAUUCCGCCUGCAGUGAGGCCUACAAUGGCGAAUCUAAUCCAUUCUGCAUGGAAAACAUCGAUGUAUCCAACUUCCUCAAUAUUCAUUCACUUGGAAAUCACGAGGACUUUUGCUUGGCUUAUGUUUUCACAUACAGGGACUUUACGGGAGGAACUUUGGGGCUGGCAUGGGUUGCAUCUGCAUCGGGGGCUUCUGGUGGAAUCUGUGAGAAGUACAAGACGUACACGGAGACCGUUGGGGGAUUGUAUCAGAGCACAAAGAGAUCCCUCAAUACGGGUAUUAUUACUUUUGUGAAUUACAACAGUAGGGUACCGCCAAAAGUGUCCCAAUUGACGCUAGCCCAUGAGAUUGGGCAUAAUUUUGGUUCACCGCAUGAUUACCCUCAGGAAUGCCGUCCAGGGGGCCUCCAUGGGAACUACAUAAUGUUCGCGAGUGCCACAAGUGGUGAUCGUCCGAAUAAUAGUAAAUUCUCCACGUGUUCCAUACGCAAUAUCUCCAAUGUUCUCGAUGCCAUUGAGGAUACAAAGAAGCGAAAUUGCUUCCUGGCCAGCGAAGGUGCCUUCUGUGGCAAUAAAAUUGUCGAGAGUGGCGAAGAGUGCGAUUGUGGGUUUAACGAUGAAGAAUGCCAGGAUCGCUGUUGCUACCCACGACAAAUUGGGGAGCGUGAUUUGAGUAUGAAUGCCACGGCGCGUGGAUGUACACGCCGGGCAAGGACACAGUGUAGCCCGAGCCAGGGGCCGUGCUGUCAGAGUGAGACGUGUAGCUUCGUGCCGGCACAUUUGGGUGUUAAAUGCCGCGGGGAGACUGAAUGCUCGUGGAGUUCCACGUGCAAUGGCACAACACCCGAAUGCCCCGAACCGAAGCCGCGUGAUGAUAAGACAAAAUGCAACAAUGGGACUCAAUUGUGCAUUGCCGGGGAAUGUUCGGGCUCCAUUUGUUUGCUGUGGAACAUGACUGAGUGCUUCCUCACGUCCUCCAUCAUUCCCAACAUUGACAAGAGGAAGCUGUGUGAGUUGGCGUGCCAGAAUGGCAAUGAUACCACCACGUGUCGUAGUACCAGUGAAUUUGCCCACCUUAUUGGUCUCCCCGCGGGAGGGAUCAAUCUGCGUCCUGGAUCCCCAUGUGAUAAUUUUCAGGGAUACUGCGACGUGUUUCUCCGAUGUCGCGCCGUGGAUGCCGAGGGUCCAUUGGUGAGACUGAAAAAUCUCUUAUUCAACAAAGAGACUUUGUUUACGGUGGCACAGUGGAUUACGGACAACUGGUACGCUGUCAUCCUCAUUGGCAUUGGCUUUAUAAUCUUCAUGGGGAUGUUCAUUAAAUGCUGUGCCGUACAUACGCCAAGUUCUAACCCUAAGAAGCCACCAGCAAGGAGGAUUAGUGAUACUCUGCGUGGACCAAUGAACACGCUUAGGCGAAUGCGCCAUCAUCACAGUGGCGGUGCUUCAAGGAGCAUACCACCGCAACAUCGUGAACGCUCACGAGGACGCUCAGGCGGGAUGAAUCGGAGUGGCGUUCAGCCAGCACCGAGACGACCGCCAUCAUCGGGUCGUGGGCCAAGUGGAUCACGUGCACCAGCUCAUGGGUAUGGUGAGGGAAGGGGACAGCAGUACUAUCCCCCGAAAGCCACCGCUCCACCAGCACCGAACUAUAGUCGCGCCAAUCAUCCGGAAGUGUACUCGGAGGCAUUUCCGCCUGAUCCGCGGCAUGCAUAUGAAAUGCCAAUUCGUCACCCAAACACUAAAGUCUGACCAGACGACAUCAUCAGCUUUAUUUCGCCAGGAGAUUAUUAUAUUUCUGUAUUUUGCUAUUACUCGUCUCGUUUGUCCGUUGUGGGUGAUUGAGUUUAGUUUUUAGGGAGUGAUACAAACAAAAAUUAUUAAUUAAUUGAUUAAAAUUUGUAAAAUGUCACACAGAGAAUGGAAAAUGAUGGGUAAGUCUUGCUUUUUGCGCGCGUCAUUUUCACAAUAUAAAAAAAAUCCAUCUGGAAUGAUUUUUUGCAAUUUUUUUCUCUUGCAAAUGAGAAUUCCAUAAAAGAUCUCACAAAACAUUUUUUUUUUUCAUUUUAAAAGAAUAAAAUAUUCAAGAGGAAAAAGGAGAGAGAGAGAGAAGGGGAAUAAUUUAAAAAUUUUUCAGCAAUUUUAAGCUUCACUGAGGGAGACUUUAAGGUUCUAUUUAAAAAAAAAAGUUUUAAGUGGA